AUGGCUUUGCAAAGCCACCUGAAAAGAAGCAAAAUGUUCUUUGUUUUGUUGGGUGCAACAUUAUUUAAGCCUCAACGCUCCAAAAUAAAUCAUUUUUCAUUAACGUCGAUAGAAGCAAAGUGCCGUGUAGACAUCAACGAAUGCCCAGGAUGGAUCGCAUUUGGAAUUUCAAACCUCACUGAUCUUGUCUCCACCGCUGGUGCUGGAGGAGAGCUAUCAUCAGAAGAUAUAAAUUUUGAGCCACACACCACAAACAUUCGAAUCGAACGUUUCAUGUUCAUUUGCAGUAUUUUGUGGCUGAAGUUUGCUGAGGAAUUUCUUGAUAAAAUUCGCGCUUUUGUUUGGAUAAGAAACGUUUUGGAUAACGAAGGCAAACAUACAAAGGAAAAUUGUUAUGAUUCUCGAAGCGACAAUAACAAGACGACGAAGGCGAGCAUUUUGGGUUGA